ACUAAAAAGAUGACAGGUGUUAAAGCUUUUUAUAGAGACGUACUAAAAAGUUGGAAGUGCGCACAAAUAUAAUAGUAAGACAAUCACAUAUAGAGAUAAGCUUAGCUUAAGGUGAAGAAAGCAAAGGAAAAAAUGGGAUCAGAGACGUUUGUUGAAGUGAUACUUGCAAUCCUGCUGCCUCCUGUUGGUGUCUUCCUUCGUUAUGGGGUUGGGGUUGAGUUCUGGAUUUGUUUGUUAUUGACAAUAUUGGGUUACAUACCAGGCAUAAUAUAUGCCCUUUAUGUGCUUGUUGCUUAAAUUUAUGUGACAUGGAACAACUUCUGAAUGUACUGAAUUUUGUAAUGAUGAUAAAAUGUACUCUUGUAGUGUUAUUUGUAAUAGAGGUUAUGUAGGAUAGUAUUGUAUGUACCCUUUUUCGCGAUCGGAUAAGUAUUUGGUGUGUGUAGAGUGUUUUUCUUUUUUUCGUUCUUUUGUAUAUAUGUGUGAUUUUAUCCUUCCGAGUAUAAUAAUGUAUUAAUUUUUCUUU